UCCACGAAGAAACCUUGACAAAAAAAAAGAGGAAACAGAAGCUAACCUACCUUAUCGAUGAUUAAUAUACCGUACAAUGUGCCGCUAGCACCACAGAUUAUGCCAACCCAGACCGUACCCGUUCAAACGAGUCAUAAUAAUUUCCAGGCUUUCCAGCAACCGCAAACGAACACGCAACAAAUGCAAACUAACCCUGUUUACCCUCUGAAUCCGCAAGGUACAUAUUCGCAAAUAUUAUGUAGAACGAAUGUAUGUUUCUGUCCAGAUCAGUAUAAACCUCCAAUGUACCAAGUCCAGCAGUCGGACGUGUUCAUGGCGAAUCAGUAUGUCCCGAACGUAUUACAAGGAAGACCGUGUCCACCGAUUUUCCAUCCGUUCAACAACGUCCCACCGCCCGUGCAAACACAGCCAAACUACGGUCCACUGCUUCAAAACAUUCUGGAACAAAUUCGUGGUCAAGUCAGCAACACAGCUCCCAUAUUUAUCCUACCUGGCGGUUGUCAACAGUCCACAAAUCAUCAUCAGCAAGCUGGCACCGGGAGCCAAGUAGGCGGUCCCCAGGCGACGGGACAACCGACAAGCUUCAAUUACCCCUCGUCAGUCCACUGUCCACCCACGUUCUACCCCUUUCCAAUCCCGAUGCCCGUUUACGAGCCAUUCGCCGGCCAAACUCGCAACAGAGAAAGUUCUCGGGGUUGCGGAUGUUGCCACAGACGGCAAGAAUCACUGGACUCGAAGAACUACUCGUUAAACUGUUGCUGCAACCUCGCCGAGCAAGAGGAUCAUCGGUGCACAGCGACAAACGACGACACCAUUUGCUCGAAACGCAAUUGUCCAGCUUCGGUGAGCUUGCAAGCUCUGGCCUCACAAUUGUUGUCGUUACAGGGAAUCAUCUCGUGCGCGGCCACUCGUUUGAUACUGAGAAAAGUGCCCGGAUCGAACAUCACCAACACCAUGGAGGAUACCAUGGAGAAAGCGCAGAAAGCUAUAACCAUGUUGACCAAGGAUCAGCUGCUCACCGAAUCGAGGAACGCGCACCAAGUGAACGCGUUGAUCAAUCUUCAUAUGACAACCAAUCCACCCGCGAAUAUUGUGCCGCUGCUGACGCUGAUACAGUUGAAGGUGAACGUGCUGAAGGCGCAGAUCGAGAGUCUCAUCAACAAGAAGGUGAUGGAGUGCCAAGGAUUUGGAUAUGAGGUGGAAACCAGCGGUCCCAUAGAUCCAACGGUGCUCACCAUGAAGACGAACGAGGAGCUGCGUCAUCUGCUAUCUGCCCUGCGUCAAAAAGAAACCGACGAAAGGGUGAAUUUGAACUUUUCGCUGUACCAUUCUCAACGGGUGAUCGCGGAGGGCCGUUUGAACAACGUGCAGGCGAAGAUACGACAGGUGGAAGCCGAAUUCGACAGAAGGCGAUCAGUUUCGAUACCGGUUCCGUCGCUUACGUCCCGAGUUAUCCAACAGUUUGCUGGAUCCACUUGCACCUUCGGAUACGCGCAGACCAAAUUAUUUGAGCCUUAUCCCCCGGAAAAUCCUCUAGAAUCCCCAGAUCCGUUCCUGUCGUGCAUUCGCAACCCUAGGAGACUGUAUUUGAAGCCUCGAGAGGAAACGACAGAGCAGAAGGAUCAGAGCAAGACUACCGGCACAUCACCUUGCACGGACACGGGCACAGGCGAGGGCGCAGUUAAUAGCUCCAAAGAGCAGAGCGUUGGUCCACGUUCCAGCGACGAUUCCUGCAGCUGCCAUUCGUCCUCGGAGGACAGCAUCGGGGACAAAAAAAAACUUCGUCUAAGAAUCGAUCGCGCAGGAAGGGUGGUCAUAAGUAGCCCGACAGGACUGCAGCUCGCGUCCAUGACGUAUUCGAGCCCCAACGAACUGUCAACGUUGUUCCGCCCCACAUCCGAGAGCGUAGAUGACGAGGUGGAAAUUCUGGAGAUUCCUCCAGGUGAGGGUAAGAAGAUAGAGCUCGUAGAUCUGGAUUCUGAGGAAGAUAACACGGUAGACAAAGUGAACCGUGAUGUGGAUAAGGUACCGAAGACAGAAGGGAAAACGAUCGAUAGGCGCGUGUCCAGAGAAUUCAAGGAUAAGACACCAGACACACCGAAAGAACAAAAAACUGAUGGACAGGUAGUAAUUAAAAGAGAACCUGCAGAUAUGGAAGAAUUUGAUCUGAGACGCGUUAAAGCAGAACCGAGAAGCACCGAAAAGAUAGAAACAGAUAUUCCGAUCAAAGAGGAACCUAUUGAAGACAAACGAUCACCACUCGCCAAGAUAUUGCAAUUAGGCUUGAGAUCAAAGAAGAUGAAAGAACAGAAAAUUAAGGAAGAGAUAGACUCGAGAGAACAAGAAACUCAUGAUGGACGGACACCGAUUAAAAAAGAAUCAGCAGAUGCUGUAGAAGAAUUUGAUCUGAGACGUGUCAAGAUAGAACAAAACGUGGAAAAAGGAGAAACGAAGACAGAUGUUUCUAUUAAAAAGGAACCUGUUGACAAACCAAGACGCUUGAGCAGAACAAUCCACAUAGGCUUGAAUCCUAAGAUGACAAAACGGCACAUGGAACCCAAAGAGAAUUUCAAGGAGAUAUCAGACUUAAAACAGGAAGCUGAUGAUGGACAGUUAGCAAUUGAAGAACAUGAAAGUGGUGCAAGAACGAAGAAUAUAAAAGUUGAAGAUGUUAAGUACCAGAACGGAGAGACUGGUGAAUUUGGUGCAGGUAGUUCGGCAGAAACCGGAAGACACGAUGCAGUUUUAAAACCGGAAAUGAUUAAGAGGGAGAAGGAAGACGAAUAUAAAGAAGCAAAGGCAACUGUUUAUACAAAUGCGGGAUUGAAUAUGUCGGAAGAAAAGAAAGUGAAAACAGAGUUGUGCAUGGAACUCAAAGAUAAGGCAAUUGAAGAUACUAAGGUACCUCAGAUUGUAGAUACUAAGGUACAGUUUGAAGAUACUAAGGCACUUCAGAUUGCAGAUACUAAGGUACAGUUUGAAGAUACUGAGGUACCUCAGAUUGCAGAUACUAGGGCACUGCAAUUUGAAAAUACUAAGGUACAUCAAGAAGCGCCUGUCAAAGAUGCUAAAGACAAUGUAGUUAUACCUCCUCCACUGAAAGCAAAAAUUAAAGAAGAACCCGAUGAGCCGAAAACUUUUUUCGGAGUAAAAUUGAGGAAGACGGGAUUACUACCAGAGCCAAAAAGCGAAGACGAAUUUAAUUUGGAGAUUAAACAAGAACAUGACGAAAAAAGUGGAACCAGUAAGCAAGGAAUGUCUGCGGAUGAACAGAAAAUCGAAGGACAAGGUUCUUCCGAAGUAAUGAAGAGUUAUCUUGAAGUUGUAUUAAAACAGAAGGAAGAAUCUAAUCCGAAAGUUGAAGACGAUAAAUCGAACGUGGGAAGGCAUGGAAACGUGCAAAUUGUUUCGAUGAUGAGGCAUGUAGAGUAUGAUAGAAGUUAUGGGGACUUUGAGGAGUGGAUUGAUGUUAAACACCAAACCCAUGGGAAGUUGAUUAACAAAAAUCAUCGAGAAGGCGACAAAAAUGCGAACGACAUCGCACGAUUUCCGCCAUUGCAACAUACAGCACGAAGAACGGUGAUCGAUAUCGCAGAAAAUAUAUUCCAUCAGAAAGAAAUUGAAUCAGACUGCUUGAAUCUUCGUAAUCGAAACACCUCUUAUCCUGAUUCAGAAACCGAAAACAGUAUUGCCUCGACAAUUUACUCCUUGAUCGAAAAUCCACUCGCCUCUUUAGGAUCAUUUUUAUCAAACAUACCAAACUUUCAAGACAUCGUAUCAAGCUUAUGCUAUAAACCAUCGAUUAAAAGUGAACAUUUAUCGAGUGAAGGAACGGAAAAUAAAAAAAUUCCUGAAGAAGACGACUGGAUUUUGGUACCCUGGGAUAAUCUCGACGAUGGCACUUCCACUGAAGGUCGCGAGGUUUUCAGCAACGUGCACGAAAUGAAACAAUCGAUAAUCGUAGACAAGGAGACUAAAAAUUACGUGGUUAUUGGAGGAUCAAUUAGCGGUCAAUUUCGCGAAUUGUCGAGGAAUGGUUUGCAUCGACCUUAUCGCACUCGUAGAACCCUGAUGAUAAGAAGUCGAUUAAAGAAUCCAGGAAAAUCGAGACGCGAGUCGCAACGUCCGUUCACGAUCGUGAAACGACUUAGAAAAAACAAAAUUUCCGUUUCCGAAGAAAUGAAACCGAAGCCUCAACUAAAAGCGAGCGAACAUUGUCACGUUGAUACUGUGGAAAAUCAAAAUGAUAUAAAUAGUAAUAAUGCGAUGUUAAGUAAAAAUUGUAGUUUCCUUUCGGUCGACCAUUCAUUGCCUGACAAAGAGAGCAUGCACGAUUUAGGGUAAUAAACAGACGUAGUUGAAGAACGAAUAUCACGAUUUUAUUAGCGUUUGGCAGUAAAGUAUAACACUGGAGAUUAAAAAAUAAUGACAUAAAAAAGAUUCCAAUUAGCUUGAAAAUUCACAUUUUUCUUUCUUUGUGCUAAAUAAAAUUCCAAAUGUGGCUCCAGACAGCCGGAGCUGUUUAUAAAUAAUAACAUGAAGCCUUCUCGAUCGGUGGAUGUCUUUGGAAGACCCAAUAAUAAAUGCAAACGCAAAUUUGAUAUAUUUAUGCAUACAGACAUAUUAAUCGUGUUGGGAACACUGUCAAUAGACGAGUAUACAUUUGUCUCGUAGCUGAAGGUGAUUACAGCCGUUGAGCAAAUGCGGUGUAUCAUUUCUUCUGUUUUUAUUAAUCGUUAAUUCAUUUCAAUAACUGUAAACCAUCUUCGGUCAAUGGACCAUAGUUAUCGCUCUAUAAUAGCUGUCUACUGAGAAUCUUUAGAAUCAUAGUGUAUUAGUAACAACGCGACCACGUGGAUCGAACGUUUUGAACACUCUCGGAAUCGUACAACUGCUCGGUUUUCUUUUUUCGGAGGCCAAAAUGAAGAUCCUUAAUUUAUUAUUCAUCUCACGUGCUACCAUCACACUCAUUCGCAUCGACGCAAAGGCAUUCGAUCCUUCAGACAUCUUGGAUUCAGACACCCGUACAUUGUAAACUAUAGUUUGUUCGAAAUCGAUCGCAUCCAUUCAUCGACAAUUUUUAUUUUAAAUCUUGGUACACGGUUCCGAAUCAUAAUACUCUUCCUUAGAAAACAAUUAUUCCUUUAUUAGUUCGUACGGUUGGAAAUAAAUUACAAUGGACUCAUGACCGCGAACGACGCAAUAAUUUUUCGCUCAUAUAAUCGGUGACUAUAUAAAGAGAUGUUGUUUACGAUUGAACAUCGAACGAUAGAACCGAUCACGAACAAACUAUAAUUAGAAUUAAUUCGAUUCACGAUCACCGUGUAAUUUGUUAUUCGAUACGUUUAUAUAUUAAAUUUCUUACGAGCUAACAAAUCUAUUUAAUAGUAAGUAAAAAAUAAACGAAUUCAACGCGCUCGUCGCGUUCAGAAGACUGACGUCGCGUCGUUCUGUAACAAAGUCUCGCGUACAAUAUUGGAUUAAACAGGAGAAUUACGAGAUAACAUUGUCACACCACACGGAUGCAAUAUGUAGCUGCUUAUAAGGUAGGGCAAAGGUAU